CCGCGAUCUAGCGAUUCUGCCAGCUUCUGCCCGCCAUGGCGAUUAUCUCUGAAUACGAAGAAAAGGAAGAAAUCCCAAAGCCGAAGAAGCCUUCCUCCUCCUCCUCAUCUCCACCGUCGUCUUCAUCAUCUAAGCCCUCUCAGUUCAGUGCCAACUUUGACCCUUCAAACCCUCUAGGGUUUUUAAACGAGGUUUUCGAUUUUCUUGCCAAGGAGAGCGAUUUUCUCUCCAGGGAUAGAGUCGAGAAGGAAAUCGAGACGGUAGUGCGUAGAGCUGUGGAGAAGAGAAAGAAGCACGUGGAGUCACUUGAGCUUAAAGGAAAGGCCGAGAAGAGGAUAAAGGAAGAGGUGGGGAGUGUGAAGCAGGAAGCUGCGCCGGUGACUGUAAAGCAGGAGCCGAGGAAUGUGGCAUCACCGCCAGAUGAGAAAGUGGAUGUGAAGUUGGAGGAGAGCACCGAGGAGAAGAAAGAGGAGAAUGGUCCAAGAGUUCCCAACAAUGGUAAUGGCCUUGAUAUGGAAAACUACUGUUGGACACAGACCCUCCAAGAGGUCAACAUUAAUGUACCAGUACCCAAAGGAACUAAGUCCAGGUUUGUGGUGUGUGAGAUCAAGAAGAAUCAUCUCAAAGUUGGACUAAAGGGUCAACCACCAGUGAUAGAUGGAGAGCUUUAUCAGAUCGUUAAGCCAGAUGAUUGUUAUUGGAGCAUAGAGGAUCAGAGCGUCAUCUCUAUUCUAUUGACCAAGCACAACCAAAUGGAGUGGUGGAAGUAUUUAGUUAAGGGGGAACCUGAGAUUGAUACUCAGAAGGUUGAACCUGAGAACAGCAAACUGUCUGAUUUGGAUCCAGAGACUCGGCAAACAGUUGAAAAGAUGAUGUUCGAUCAAAGGCAGAAGUCUAUGGGACUCCCAACCAGUGAUGAGAUGCAAAAGCAAGAUAUUCUGAAGAAGUUCAUGGCUGAGCAUCCGGAGAUGGAUUUUUCGAGGGCAAAGAUAUCAUAAAUGGAAAAUUUCUGCCUGAUUUUACGUUAUACAGAUAAGAGAACCCAAAAGAAAAUUUAUAGUUUCUGUUCAGAGGUGGCAAUUUUUAUAUUGCUUUUGGGAGGUUUGAAUUCUCGAGUUUUUUCUUUUCUUUUUUAAUGUUUAGGGGGAAAUGAGGGUCUUUUCUAGAUUAUGGUGAGUAGUGUGAUAACUCAUCGUCUUUAAUUCUUGAAACGGGAUUUUGGUAUGAUGUAUGUAUGGAAUCAAGUUAAACCAUUUAUUUUUCAUUAUAAUUUAGAUGGGCUUUCGGUGAUGAUUGGCAAUAA